CCUGAGUGCUGACACUUGUUGUGAUAAAUCGCUCAAAUGACUCAGCUGGUCUAUAUCUUUGGGAAGCUGACCAUGGCUAUGUUAAUGGGACUGUUCAUGCUCAAUAUGUUGGGCACAUCCCCAUUUGCAGAUGCCCAGUCUCCGGUAGAUUGCUGUCUUUUAUACUCAAAGAAACCUUUACCCCCGAAACUAAUUGUAGGUUAUGUGAGGCAGUUUGCAAAUGAACUCUGCGAUAUCAAUGCAGUCAUAUUUUACACAAGGAGAGGCCGAAGAAUUUGUGGAAAUCCAGAAGAUGGCUGGGUGAAGAACGUUAUCAAUGUUUUUCUGAAGAAAGAAAUGAGACAGCAGUGAAAGGAUCAGCUACCUUAAUCCCAUGGGCAUCAGGCAAUGUCACGUUUUUACAAUGAUGGAAUUUUUAAAAAAAUUUUUGCUCACUUAUAUGUUAUAAUCUACACACAUCAUCAAUAUCUCAAAAAGCAUUCAGCUAUUAAGCUAUUAAGUUCUUCAAAAUUAAAUUUAUAUUUCUACAUAUGUUGACAGGUGAAUUGUAACUCAUUUUGAAUGUUUUUGUAAAUUAUGAAUAUGCAAAACCAAAUGUAUUACACAGGUCAAUAAACAAUGCUUCCAAAACAAUAUUUUUGAUCUCAGCUCAAUAGUUAUCUAUUCACGUAUAGGGUACAGCUGUUACUUAAUUGAGGUUGAACUGUCAUAAUCAUUGCACCAAAUGGCUAAAGAUCAGGCCUUGCUGUCAUGAAGAGAUAAUAAUGUCUACAAUGUUAUUGGAAAUUAUUUUUAAAGUAGAAUU